GGGAACCGUGCGGUGGUUUUGUGUGUGCGCACCUCCCCUCCUCUCGCGCGUAAAGAGCCUCCUUUCUCUUUACGGAUCCUGUUUGCUGCUCUUCAUGCCAGAGCCUGCAGCUGUCUCACUUGCGUCCCACCGCCGCUGUUGAGGGAAAUCGUCGUCCCGCGUGACGAACAGACAGCAGAUUUUACACUCCCUUAAAGUGUAUCAGCGCCAACCCGAAGGAAAUCGCAACUUUUAAUCAAUUUUCAUUACUGCAAGGAGACGGAAGGAAUACCUGACAGCUCGUGACGCCCGUCAGCGUGUUGACUGAAAUCUUUCCAACUGUGAAGGCUUCAGGAAUGUGGAAUACAACUCUGCCUCAACGUGAAAGGACGUUCCUCUGCCCCUGACACCAUGACCACAGACUUGAACUUGACCUCUCUAAUGAAUGUGACAGAGCUUCACAACCACACAAGAGGAUGUUCCCUCACCAAGACAGGUUUCCAGUUCUAUUACCUGCCCACUGUUUACAUCCUAGUUUUCAUUACUGGCCUGGUGGGCAACAGCUUGGCCAUUUGGAUGUUUGUUUGCCAUAUGAGACCCUGGAGCAGCAUCUCUGUCUACAUGUUCAACCUGGCAUUGGCUGACUUCUGCUACGUCCUCUCUCUGCCGUUCCUCAUCUUCUACUACUUCAACAAAACAGACUGGAUAUUCGGGGACGUUCUGUGCCGACUGCAGCGCUUUAUAUUCCAUGUGAAUCUUUAUGGGAGUAUUCUGUUUCUUACCUGCAUCAGUGUUCACAGGUACACCGGAGUGGUGCACCCGCUCAAGUCUCUGGGUCGACUGAAGAAGAAAAAUGCAGUUAUUACCAGUGCACUGGUGUGGGUUUUGGUUGGAAUCAGCAUGUCCCCCAUCCUUUACUAUUCCCGGACUGGCUUAAAGCGUAACGCAACCACUUGUUACGACACCACCACAGAGGAUGAGUUGCCGGGGUAUUUCAUCUACAGUAUGACUUUGACGGUGUUUGGGUUCUGCAUCCCAUUUAUUGUCAUUUUUUGCUGCUAUGGCAUGAUUGUCAAAGCAUUAAUCUGCAAUGACAUGAACAAUGCGCCUCUGCGGCAGAAAUCCAUUCACCUAGUUAUCAUAGUGCUUGCAGUCUUUGCCGUCUCCUACCUGCCUUUCCAUGUGAUGAAGAACCUCAACAUGAGGGCCAGGCUGUACUUCCAAACCCCUGACAUGUGUGAGUUUAAUAACCGCGUCUAUGCCACCUAUCAGGUGACGCGGGGUCUGGCCAGCCUCAAUAGCUGUGUGGAUCCUAUUCUGUACUUCCUGGCUGGAGACACCUUCAGGAGGAAGCUGUCACGGGCCACUAAAAAGACUUCGAGGAAGGGAGAGAAUGUCCUUCAAUCAAAGAGUGAUGAAACAGCGCUUAACAGCCUUGCUGAGUAUGUGGAGAAUGGGUGCCGGAGGCUGUAACGAGGUACCUGUGUGUACCAGGUUGUGGAUCUCUUUUAGCUUUAGAAAACAUUUUGGACUUGGCAGAAAUAAAUGCACUGUGUGGCCUGAACACUGUAUGUAGAAUUCAUUGGACAACGGUUUAUAAAACUGUAGGAUAAAUAGUCAUUUUAACCCUGUGAUAAAUAUCGCUUGCUUGCAGCCUGUUGAUAUUGAUAAGCUAUUGUACUGUAUCGUCCUGUACAUGUAUUGUACUUUAAAUGGUAGAGCAAUCACUCUUCUUUCUUAUCAUUAGUGAUCAUUGCGAUGAACCAGGCUCGGGGAAAUAGGUUUUCCUACAGGCACUAAAGACCUGUUCAUUCAUUUGUUCAGUAAAAAUAGGACUUAGAAGCACCUUUUCUAUCCACAAGCUGAUGUUUAAUAAUCAAUAGCUAUUGACACAUAAGAGCUUGUGCUUAAGGAAGUGGACAUGGGAUGAUGUUUUUUUUCCUUUAGAGGAAAAACUAAAUGCACUGAACCUGAGAUUGCUGCAUGGAUGUGCCAUACAGACAUUGUAAUGCACUAUGAUUGGGACCUCUCCCUUUAGAGGGCUACCUAUCCCUCCUCCUUUCUUUCUGCAUCCAUUACUGAAGGGGUGUGAAAUGUGGUCAACUACUUUUUCAUUCUGACAGCUCUGAGGUUAAGGUCUCCAACAGUUCUGUUACCGCAAGCUUUCACUCCUUUUACCUACUAAAAUAAUGACAGUAUUUUGUGUAUAUGAUACUAAAAAUAAUAUCUUUGUUUCUCUUAGGUGGACUAUGCAGAAUAUCGUGAUGUUCCAGAUUAGUUUUGUGUUUUUAACUGUCGCUAUCUUUAGUGCAGAUCUUUAUGCAUGAGCCUACUAUCAAAAUCCAUUAUCAGUAUCAUCAGACUGAAUCACCAGAACAGGUUCUAAGUACUCAAAUGAAUAUUACAAAAUAAAAAAUAUGAGCUUUUAAAUGAUCUAAACACAUAAACACACACAUACUUUAUAACCUGCUUUGUGACUCGAUCCACAUAUUGAAGAUUUGUUUGUAUGAGAUACCUCAAAGUAAAUGGUGCACUGUGUCCGAGUUUUGGCAGAUGAUCACUUCUGUUGUGUAUCUGUUGUAAACAUUCUGGAGAAAUUAUCGUUAUAUAUUUUACCCUGGUCUGUGUAAAUGUUUGAUGUCUGUACUAAUUCCUUUGUAAAUCUGUAAUGUGGUCAUUUAUAAGUGUCAAGGAAGGAAGUAAAUCACUUGUACAGGAGAUACGGGGCCACAUAUAUCUGUGUUAGUACAUCUUUGUAUUUACAGUCGACAAUUUAUAAGCACUUGUAUACUUUCACCUUGUUUGUACCAGCUGCACGCAGCCUCGGUUAAAUGUUCGCAGAGGUGUGAGAGAACAAACGCCACUGGUUUCGGAGACAUUCGUGCAGAGCUCUGUUCUCGCUGCUCCCCCUUGUUCUCGUCACUGCUCUUGACUUUCUCUUUUAGCGCAGCUAGGAGGAAAUGAGGGGACGAGUCAGGAAUAAAGAGUGGCACCUUUUCCUCCUGGCUUAUCCUAAGACUUCCUUUGUGUCCGUCAUAAUGCCAUGGACCCAUUGAAGCAGACAGGGGUGUGAAGCUGUCGCCAGGACCCGGCGGCGGUGCACUGUUGCGGGCACAGGAAAGCAACCAACCCUCUUCCUCCACACAGCGCCCGUGAAUACAAACGGCUUUUGAUUUCCUGGCUUUGAGGUGCAAACUGCAUAUCUGGCCUUUGCAAAUGUGUGUGUAUGUAUUCGCUGUUUGUGUUUGUGUGUCUGUAUGAGACAGCCUGAAGGCAAUGAAGACCUUAUUCCAG